AUGAAUGGGUUAAGGGCCGUUGACUUGAUGGGGCUUCUUCAGGAAAAAAUAGCUUUUCUCACUGGAGGAGUUGACAAACGCGGAGGCCCCAUCUUAUUGUUUCCUGCGAACUCAAAAUUGGAGAAAGUACCGCCCGAAGAUCUGAAGAAAUUACUCACCUAUCUCACUUCCAUCCCGAGUGAGGAAAUGCGAGAGCACGGUUUUACUGCUAUCAUCGAUAUGCGCGGAAUGACAUGGGGAGCAGUGAAACCUGUGUUGAAGCUGUUGCAAGAAUGUUUAGGAAGCAGUAUUCACUGCGCUCUCAUAUUGAAGCCUGAUAAUUUCUGGCAAAAGCAUCGGACUUCAUUGGGAUCCCAGAAAUACAAAUUUGAAACCGUGAUGGUCAGCUUGGAAAAUAUAUCGAGGUACGUGGAGGCAUCAAAUCUUACACCGGAACUGGAGGGAACUUGUCCGUAUGAUCAUGCUCUAUGGAUUGAGUUGCGCGUGGCUCUCGAAAACUUCUCUUGGCAAGCAACAGACCUUCUGGAUCGCUUGGAAGACGUGAAGGAUGAACUUUCUAGAACCGACUGUCCUUCAGAUGUCGUGUCGGCGAAACGUUCCAUUGAAGAGCACAACGAACUCAAGAAAAAAAUCGUCCGAACUCCUGUUGAAGAGCUCGACCGCAUGGGACAAAAAAUCCUUCAGAAAUUCAACGCAGGUGAAGGUUCGAGCUCAAGUCACGACUCCGGUUAUUCUGGUAGAGACUCCGUUUCCAGUUCUAUCGGCAAUCAUGGUGGAACGCACGCGAAUUUGCAGCAGGUAAUGGCUCUAUUAAGCAAUUUACGGCAGCUUCAUCACGAUCUCCAGCACAAGUGGCAUCAGCGUAAGUCUCAGUUGGACCAAUGCUUCCAGCUGAGACUGUUCGAGCAAGACGUCAGCAAGAUGAUCGAGUGGAUUUUGUCGAAUCGGAAAAUGUUCCUCGCGAACUAUACCGAAAUCGGUCGGUCGCACGAAGAAGCCAAGCAGCUGGAAGAGGAGCACAAUCAGUUCACUCUUUCAUGCACAAAUGUGUACGUGAACAUCAAACGGAUUUUGAAUGUUGCCACGAGAUUAAUCGACACCGGACAUUACGCAUCCCUUCAUAUUCAACAAGUCUCGGGAAGAUUGGACAGAGCUUGGAAAGAAUUCGCCGCCGGGCUCGAUGAAAGGACUACUGUCCUAGCCCUUUCUGUCGUUUUUCAUCAAAAUGCUGAACGAUACGUGGAAAACAUCGUUCUGUGGAGCAGAGCAUGCGAUGCGUCUUGUUUGCCCGGAGAAGUGGUGGCACUUGACGAUGCCUUGAGACAGCAUCAAGCUUUGUACGAGACCAUUUGCCACGGUUACACUGAGGUGUCCAAUGAUGGGAAAGCUUUACAUGCAACAGUCGGAAGACUCGCAGGUGCUACCAAUCCAGCAGCGGAUUAUUCUGAAGGAGCUAGUCAUGUUUUAGAAGUUAUUCAUUCCAUUUUGGCUCAUCACCAAACCUUGGAGCAACUCUGGCACUCGAAGAAAUUGAAGCUGCAUCAAAGACUCGCAUUGCGAAUAUUCCAAGAGGAUGUUCGUCUGGUUUUGGACUGGUUGAAAAAUCACGGGCAGGUUUUCUUGAUGAACAAUCGGGGUAUUGGGAGAAAUUUGCAGAAGGCGAUUGCAUUGCAGAAGAGUCACCAGCACUUCGAAAGAGUUGCAGCCAAUACGUACAUCAAUGCGGAGAAGCUAUUGGCAACUGCGCAAGAAUUUGCUCAUACUGGAGAGUGUGACGCGGCAGAAAUUUUCCCGGUUGCCGAAGAACUCGAUAGGCAUAUAAACAAUUUCGCAGCUCGCGUUUCAAAGCGGAAGCGACUGCUUGAAAUCGCCGUUAGUUUUUUCUCCCACGAAAAAGAACUGAAUGAGUGGAUCGAGGAAUUGAAAACGGAAUUGACGAGUAAAGAUGUGGGUGCGAGUUUGGAGGAAACUGAGCAGCUGAUGAGCCACUUCGCGCAGCAGAAGGAUUCUACUAUGCAUGCGCUGAACAACACGGUUGCCGAGGGCCACGGACUUCUUCAAGAAUUGUCGGCUGUAUCGCAGAGCAUGCCUGGACAGAGUGACGUCACAGCUUCCAUUUCCACGGUCGAAGGAAUGAUCGAGAAAUUUAGGAUAUUGCGAGAAGAACUGGAGGAAUAUUGGCAAGCCAGGAAACUACGUCUAGAGCUCAGCUUGAGAGUUCGGUUGUACGAAAAGGAUGCUUUGGAGGUCAUGUCCAGGGUGCAGAUGUGGGUCGAAGAGUCUUCCAAUGGUGACGAAGAAUUCGGAAGGACGUCCAUGAGUGGACUUUUGCGUGAAACGACGAGUCGCUCUUUAAGACGUGAUGGUCCGGAAGUGGAGGAGAUCGAGGAAAGGUUGGAGGCGCAUUCGCAAUCACUCGCAAAUGUGCAAGCGAAUAUAACGCAUAUGCUCCAGCGUGGACACGAGUUAGCGGAAGCGUUGAACAAAUUACGGCUAUCCCCGGACGGCGUUUGUGACUUGAAUGCCAAGCAAAGAGUUGCUACGCUUUUAGGACAUCUAACAGAGUUGGAGCUUUCCGUCGGAGCGACUGGAGAAGGACGCCGAGGAUUGAUGGAACAGAAACUGUCCUUGGCCCGUCUGCAGUCGGAAGCACAACAGGUUUUGGCUUGGAUUCGCCAAGGAGAAGUGAUGUUGCGAGCCACGUUUUCGUUGCCGUUCUCUGCUGCGGAUGCGGAGGCGUCCAAAAGAGAUCACGCGCACUUCCAGGUUGCGAUCAAGAAAACUCACGAAGCCGCGGCGCAAGCGAAACAAAGAGCGGAACAAAUGCUCAAUGCAAAUCAUCAGGAUCAUGAGGUUGUCAGGGAAGUGGCAGUGAGCAUUCAGCAGCGAAUGGAACAGCUUUUGAUGUGUGCCGAGGACAGAAGGCGUCUUGUUCUUUAUGCUAGCAAAUUCUUCUCGACAGCAGAUCAAGUUUCGUCGGUUCUCGAAUCCCUGGAGAAAGAAUACAAGAGAGAAGAAGAUUGUUGCGCUCCCGAGAAGCUUGGAGUUUUCAUUGCGACCACCGCUGGAGCUUCAUCGCCAUCAACACCGCCAACUGCGUCCCUGCCUUCCUCGACCAGGGAUCGGGCGGCCUUGCUUCCGCUCAUGAUCACGAAUUUCCAGAAGAAGAAAGACAUGUUUCUUCGUGCGUGUACGUUAGUCCAUCGUGCGUCCGAACCAUUCCUCAAGUACGCCGAACGAAGCUGUCAAGGAGCUGGAAACGCAGGAGCAUAUGCCUCUGUGGAGGUGAAAGUUAAAGACGUGCUGAACGGGAUCAUGCGACUUGAAAGCCGAGUUUUAGAGAGCUGGACGCAGAAGAAGCAGCGCAUGGAGCAGUGUCACGAUUUUGCGGUCGUGGAACUGACGACGCAGCAGGAACUCGAGUGGUUGCGACGUGAAGCUGAGGAGUACUUGAAAUCUCGAGAAAACGGACUCCUCGUGAAUUCCGUCGACGCGCAGAACCUGAAAGCUGAACAUCAGGAGUUUGAGAAUGGACCCAAAGAGACCGCGGAAAGGGUUAAAGUCUUGGCCCAGCUUGCUGAUCGAGUAAUUGAGAAAGGUCUUAUUCACGCCAAUGAAAUCAGGGAACUUGCCUCUGUACUGGAACGAGAACAUUCCAUUUUCGUCUCGAGAAUGGCAGCGUAUCGGUCAAAGCUAGACGCUGCAUUGGGAGUGAAAACGGUGAUUGGCUCGUUUCCAUCAAUUCCAGUACACUCGCCCGCCAGAGAUUUCGUUGGAAAUCUUAAAGACAUGGUGCCUUUGCCGCAGUCCAACUCGGAUAAGCAAUUAUCUGAAGAACGAAGGAAAUCUGCGCGAAAGAAAGAGUUUAUCAUGGCGGAGCUAUUGCAGACCGAGCGAACGUACGUGAAAGAUUUAGAAGUUUGUGUGCGAACUUUUCUCAAGGAUUUGAGAGAACCGAGCGGAAAUGUUCCUUCGGGUCUGUUCGGCAAAGAUUCGAUCCUCUUCGGGAAUGUUGAAGAAAUUCUCGAGUUCCAUUCGUCCGUUUUCUUGCGAGAGCUAGAGAAGUAUGAGACUAUGCCAGAAGAUGUUGGGCAUUGUUUCGUCACAUGGGCUUCCAAGUUCGACAUGUACGUCAAGUACUGCAAGAAUAAGCCGGAAUCAAAUGGGGUGUUGGUGCAGUUUGCUGGGAAUUUUUUUGAAGAGAUCCAGGCCAAGCACGGCGUGGAACACCCAAUUGCCGCUUAUUUGAUCAAACCGGUGCAGAGAAUAACGAAGUACCAGUUGCUGCUGAAGGAUCUUCUUUCUUGCUCUGAAGAAGGACGCGGGGAAUUGAAGGAUGGACUGGACGUCAUGCUGAAUGUGCCAAAGAAAGCCAACGAUGCCAUGCACUUGUCGAUGCUAGAGGGUUGCGAUAUGUCCCUGGAUACGUUGGGAGAAGUUUAUUCGAAGCAACUCAUUCGGAAAGGACGGGAACGGCACCUUUUCCUGUUUGAUCUGCAUCUCAUCAUCAGUAAAGAAGGCAGAGAUUCUUACGGCAAAUCAAAAUACACUUUCAAGCAGAGACUUAUGACUUCCGACCUUGGCCUCAAUGAAUCUGUGGACGGCGACGAGUGCAAAUUUGCGAUCGUUGUGGGAAGAUUAGCAUCGAAUGACCAAAGAAUUGUGCUCAAGGCUGCCAGCGUGGAAGUGAAGCAAACUUGGCUCAAGAAGUUGAAGGAAGUUCUUCAAGAGUCUUUAUUGAACAGAAGCACGCCGAUGGCUUUGGGCUCAUCGAUAGCCACGAAGUCUGUUGGGAAGUUCAUCAAAUCAAAGAUUUCUAAGGACUCGAAAGAUGUGUCGCUGGAAGGAAUUGGCGGAGACGGAGCAGACGCGGGAUCUAUAUCAUCUUAUGGCUCCAACGGAGAAACGCAACAGGAAUAUCAUAGCAGAACGAGCCUGGGAACUCUGCAAGCUUCAGUUUCAUCGCAACAUGAUGCAACAGAAGAUAUUCCGGAAGAUAUGCCUCCACCAAUGGAAGUUUUUGAACGUCCAUCCGUUCAAAAUUCGGAGAACGAAACGGCAACCGCGACUGCUUCAGAAAUCGAGCAAAUCGUUCAGAAAGGCUUGAUAAACCUGGCGGUUAGUGAGGGAAGUGACGCAAAUUCAGACCAAGGUGGUGCGAUUGAGUGUGCAAUGUGUAUCCAAGAUCUCAUGGAUUCCGAACGAAGUUACAUCAAAGAUCUGGCAGAAUUAUCCGACGCAUUAACCAAAUUCAUCCAGGAGCCGCAGUCGACGCAUGAAACGGUGUGUCAGUCUGCGAAAUCGCUGCUACAGAUCAUCACCGGAUCUUACAAAUGGCAUUCCGACGUGUUUCUUCCGCAAUUGGAGUCAUGUCAAGGCUCUCCGGGCAAAGUUGCUGGUGUUUUCUUUGAAGCCGAGCCAGAUCUGCGCCGCUAUGUUGACUUCAGUGCGGAAAAAUGCAGAUUUGAGCGGUUGUAUUCCGAAAACACGCGAAUCAUCGAAGUUGAGAGUUCUCCGUUUGAUGCCGCGUACAUAGUGUUCUCUAAAAUUCCGAAUAGAGAGAUGAUGAACGAUCCUGAAGAAAACCCGUUUGGCGGAAUGACGAUGAAGCCAAUCGAGCGUUUGACUGCCUACCAAAUUUUCUUGGUAGACUUGCGAAAGGCUUCGCAAAAAAUCGACUCAAACGCAGACUCAACUGCCAUAAUCAAAGCUAGUAAUGCAAUUCGGGCUUUGCUGAAAGAAGUCACUGACCAACUACUUGUCGGGAGAAUGAAGGGCUUCGAGGGUUCAUUGGGAUCGGAAGGCCGUUUAUUGCAUCAGGGUUCCCUUGUGUGUCAAGAGGGAACGUCUAGUGCUUACGCUUGGAAACUGUUCGACGUGUUUCUUUUCGAGAAAUCAAUCAUAUUCACGGAAUCACAAGGGACUCAAACGAAUGGAGAGAGCGUACCUUUUAUUUUCAAGUAUCAGCUCAAGGUGAAUAACAUGGCAUUAGUGGAUAAAUGGAGCGAUGAUCCGGUCAAGUUUCUUGUGAAAUCCAAGGAAUCUAAAAGCAAUUCGCUGCUGGUGUGUCAAGCGAGUUCGAUUGGCAAUAGAGAAGAAUGGGUGUCAAAAAUAAGGAAAAUGUUGGACAUGCAAGUCAACAUGCUCAAUGACUGAAGGGCUCCCGGUCAGAAAUCCGCCUUUUUUUUUUUUUUCUUGCAUCAUGUCGCUUUGUGCAUUGAUGUCGUGAGUGUCUUACGGUUUUCCAGGAACGGCCAACGUCGUAAAAAUCGGCUCAUCACGACUAUUUUUAUGUAUUCGCCGCUGAGAUAUGUUUUCCAUCAUUUAUUGAAUCUUCGGAGGGAUGAGGGAUCUCGACAUGCUGAUUUUUGCGCUACCCAACCCUUUUUUUAUUGUUCUUUGGAUGCAUUUUUGAUCUCAAGAUUGCCUGUCCUAUGCAUAAGUGAGAUUUAUCCACUAAUGGACACUUUAAAAGUCGGCAGAGGUUAGGUAUAUGUCUCGAUUGUUUUGUUUUGUUGAACUAGUCUGAUUGGUAAUCAUGUGAUUCGCGAGCGUGUUUGUGGAUUGCAGAUGCUGAGUUUUGCAAUAAACUCAGAUCGGAACUUUGAUGAA